AUGUCUGCACCCGUUGGACCUAUCCUCCAGCAGCUGGCGACUCUCCCGGCGCGUUCGCGUCAGGGCUUGAAUAACCUACGUCAGAGACUCUUCCAACAGGAAGCCAAGCCUAAAAAGGAGGGCCAGUUUCUCCGUACUUCUCUCAACGUCCACCGUCCUGUCUGGCUGACCGCCGGUGGUGGUGUCUACACUAGCCUGGCGGCCGUCUAUCUGACGAUGCGAUACCUAAAGCGUGUCAGGUAA